CUCUGCAGCGAUGUCGGAGACCGCUCCCGCCGCCGCUCCCGCCGUCGCGGCCCCCGCCGCCAAGGCCGCCGCCAAGAAGCCGAAGAAGGCGGCGAGCGGCUCCAAAGCCCGCAAGCCCGCGGGGCCCAGCGUCACCGAGCUGAUCACCAAGGCCGUGUCCGCCUCCAAGGAGCGCAAGGGGCUCUCCCUCGCCGCGCUCAAGAAGGCGCUGGCCGCCGGCGGCUACGAUGUGGAGAAGAACAACAGCCGCAUCAAGCUGGGGCUCAAGAGCCUCGUCAGCAAGGGCACCCUGGUGCAGACCAAGGGCACCGGCGCCUCCGGGUCCUUCCGGCUCAGCAAAAAAACCGGAGAAGUGAAGGAAAAAGCCCCCAAGAAGAGAACAGCUGCAGCCAAGCCCAAGAAGCCGGCGGCUAAGAAGCCCGCCAGCGCCGCCAAGAAGCCGAAGAAGGCGGCAGCGGUGAAGAAGAGCCCCAAGAAAGCCAAGAAGCCGGCGGCCGCAGCGGCCAAGAAAGCGGCCAAGAGCCCCAAGAAGGCGACAAAGGCUGCUAAGCCCAAAAAAGCGGCGGCAGCAGCGAAGAGCCCGGCUAAGGCGAAAGCGGUGAAGCCGAAAGCAGCCAAGCCCAAAGUAGCCAAGCCGAAAGCAGCCAAGGCAAAGAGGGCAGCUCCUAAGAAAUGAAGUGCUGAAGUGGAAAUACUUUUAAACCCAACGGCUCUUUUAAGAGCCACCCACUAUUGUCCCCAAAAGGGCUGAUACACUCCGUCACUGAGCUCUGUGCCUGCAGUAGAGCCAACUAUCCGUGUGGGACAUUUGUCUGUUGAGUGGAUGGGACACUAAACUUCCUACCGUGGUUUUACACUUAGACUUUGAAAAAUAAAAGUUUACAUUCCUUUAUAAA